GGUGAAGGUAAACAAACCGUCAGGGAAGAAAGUGAAACUCGCCUUCCUCUUCCUCUUAAUUGUGAUAAAUCUUGCUUAAUUCCUCUUAAAUACUGUAGUAACAAUGAAACCUUCAGGUGCUAUUAGAUAUCCAGUGCAAGGUGUGACCCUCCAUAGAGUUGCUGCCGGUAAGAGGUCCCAGGGAGAUGGCCAGGAGCAGGUGGAUACUCCGUCGUCUCUCGCCUGUGAAACGGGGAGUUCUAUCAGUGCAGAGCCAGGGAAGCAGAAACCCACACCACACAAUGCCGAGGAGAAGGCUAAAACAGAGGGAAAGCCCCUAGACCGGAAGACCAAGUCAGAACCCAAGUUGAGUCUAGGGGCUAAGAAAGAGGGUGGAGGACCCAGGAAGCUGGGAUCCGAGAAACACCUGCCUGAGGUGGCCGACAUUGCCCAUAAGCUGACGAAGGUGUCCGUGAUGUCCACCCCAGACACCCACCUACUUAACACUCCCCCAAAGGACAUGCAAUCCAAGCGCAUGAUUCCAGUACUCCCCAGCUCUCCGAGUGGAGGAGUCGCCGCAGCACUUUCCGCUGCCGCCCGAGAAGGAUCCACAAGCCUCUACACUCAAAAGCGCAAGGAACCCAAGUUUGUGCCAUAUGAGCCCUACAAAGGCUGCGUGAAGCCGAUUUUCACCAAAAAGAAGACAAAAGUUGUGCAGCAAGUAGCAGUGGGGAAGUCUGUUCCAGUGGUGUCAGAGGAUAAAGUCAGCAACCCUAAAACAGAACCAGUAGAUGAUGAACAGAAAACCACAGAGAAGCUAAACAUUAUGGUCAAGGACUUCGAGCGCGAGAGAGCGUCCUGGGAGGAACAGACCAAGGUGCUCAUCAAGGAGAAGAAGAGCAUGGAGGAGCAACUUAGCCAGAUGAAGAAGGACAAGACUAAUUUGGAGAACCAGUUGAAGAUUCAGUCUCAGGUCAAUACAGAACUUAAGAAACUCUUAGUGGCCUCUGUGGGAGAAGAUGUCCAGGGCCAGGUGCAGGUCCUCACCGAAGACAAGGCGCGGAUGGCCACCAUGAUCCGGCGGUACUCGGAGAGGGUUGACAGGGAUUACGAGGAGAAGGAACGGAUGGAGAUUCAGUGCGACGUUUGGAGGUCAAAGUUCCUCGGGAGCAGCAUGUUGGUAGACGAGUUGGCCGGGUGGAAGGCUGCUCUCAUGCGACACAUCGACGAGGCGGAGGAAGCCCUUCACGUGAUGAUGGACGAACACGACAUGGCGAGGCAACACGUUCUGAACAUGUAUAGGAUGAACAAGCAACUUCGCGAUGCAUUCGACCCCCUUGCAGCACAGUCUGGCGGUGUUGUGUCACUCACCUCGGCCGACCUCGUGACACUGGCUGUGGAUGGGGACGUGCUUGCAGAGACGGUUCGGGAUCGGCUGCUCGGCGACCUAGGGAGGGCUGUGGGCUGUGGGCUCUCAGUGGAAGGCCUUGAGACACAGACUCCUGGCGAGAAGAUGGCACGGCAGGCUUGUGGGAAGAAAAUCAAGAAACCAUUUGUCCUGGGCUGGCGCAACAAGGACGGACGGGCGUCUUGCGAAGGAUGCAGCACCGUCUCCCCGGGACGAAAUGCCAUGAUGCACCGAUUCCACCCCAAUACACGUUACGAACACGUCACCGUCAACUGCUGCGCCCACUGCAAUGGGGAGAUCAAAGUUGUCUGAUUUAUUUAUUUCUCUUCGUUUCUUCUCUCUUGUUUCAGUUUAGUUUAGGUUGUUUUUCAUCUCUCUUUUAUGACGGUUUGAUGGGAACAGAAAGUUAUGUUGAGAUUUUUUAUUUCUUCUUCUUCUAUAAGAUUUUUCUCUUUCUGUUCUUAUACCUCGUUCUUUGUCUUUUUCUUUUCUUUUCUUUCUUUCUUUCUUCUAUUUUUUUUUUUUUUUCUUCUUCUUCUUUCUGCUAUCCCUUUUUUUCUCUUUUUUUUUUUUCUUAGGGGGAAGGGAAGCGCAUGCUAACAUUUUCCGUUUAUUAGUUUUCUUUUAGGGGAAGUAGGUAUAGGGGGCAAGAAAGAAUUUUUAUUAUGUGCCUCUGUAAUAAUGUAUAUGACGGAAGACAGAGAAAUGAUGUUAAGCGAAGAAGAAAGAGAGAGAGAGAGAGGGAGAGAGAAAGAAAGAAAGAUAAUGAUAUUAUGGAUUGUAUUUUUAUAUGUAUUUUUCAUUUCCUUGCUCUCUUUCUGUCUCUCUUUCCCAUUUUUAUGAUAAAAUAAUAGUGUUGGAUUUAUAUAUUACAGUGUCAAUACUUAUGUACUGAUAAUGAGGUUUAUUUUAAGGUUGUAAUACGAAAAUCUUUUGUAUUCAGGGUUUUUAUGAUGGGAAGGAAGAAAGGAGGGAAAGAAUUACAUAUGUUAUUCUUUUCAAUGCAUUGUUAUUGUUGUGGGUUGCAUAGAUCACCUUUGGGUAGAGGUGCACACAGAUGUAUAUGAUAAUUAAUACACACACACACACACAUACACACACAUACACACACAUACACACACACACACACACACAUACACACACAUACACACACACACACACACACACACACACACACACACACACACACACACAUUUUAUAGUGCUUUAAGUGUAAGCAAUAUUUAUACCAAAGAAGAUGACCAUACAUAUAUCAGUGAUAGAGUGCCGAUAUUUCUUGUUAGUGUCCUUUCAUUACUCCCUUGUGGGCUAGAGCUCAGGUUGUGACAAGGAGAAGCCAUGUCAUAAGGCUAUACAUAUGGAGCCUACUUGAAUCAGCACCAAUUUGUAGGUGAAAAUAGGGCCCCAUUUUGUUAUGUUGUUAUUCCUUGGGAUAUUGUGAGAUCCUGGAGGAAUUUAUUUUAUUAUUGUUGUGAAUCUUUUUCUUUAUCUUUAUUUUCUCCUUCUUCUUCUUCUUCUUCUUCUUCUCGUUCUUCUUCUUCUCCUUCUUCUUCUUCUUCUUCUUCUUCUUCUUCUUCUUCUUCUUCUUUUCCUUUCUUUAUAGACCAAGCUGAAUAUCCUGUUAGGAUGAUGAUGCUGUCUUUUGAGAUUACAUUUUCUCCAUUACUCUUUGAUAUUGGACAAGGAAAUGAAAUUCAGUCGACAGGAGUUCGAUCUGCAUUCCUACUCUGCCCGUUGUUCUGAAAUGAUAAAAUCAUCUUGUAAAUAAAGAUUUCUCAUAAA